AUGGAGGAUUGCAAAAGUAUGCCUACUCCUAUGUGUCAUAAGGAGAAACUAAGCAAGAAUGAUGAAACUGAUAAAGUUGAUGAGGCUCUCUAUAGAAAGUUGGUUGGCUGUCUCAUAGCAGCUAAGAGGGUUCUUAGAUAUAUUAGAGGAACACCAGACUUUGGAAUUAAGUUGAGUACAGGUCUGAAGUGUUCUUUGCAAAGUUAUUCAGACAAUGAUUGGGCUGGAUCUAUUGAUGAUAUGAGAAAAGUAGAGUUCAUUGCUGCUACUGCUACUGCAAAUCAAGCUUUAUGGCUGAGGAAAGUGCUAAUUGAUCUGAGCUUGAGACAAGAAGAUUGUACAAAGAUGGUAGGGGGAGGUGGAGGUGGUUUUGCAACUUGUGGUGGUGGAGGUGGUAGUGUGGCAACUAGUGGUGGUGGAGGUGGUGUGGCAAAUGGAGGAGGAGGUGGUGGUGUGGCAACUGGUGGAGGUGGUGUGGCAAAUGGAGGAGGAGGUGGUGGUGUGGCAACUAGUGGUGGUGGUGUGGCAAAUGGAGGAGGAGGUGGUGGUGUGGAAACUGGUGGAGGUGGUGGACAAAUGGUUCGAGGAGGAGGUGAUGGUGUUGUGGCUGGAGGUGGUGUCAGGGCAACGGCGCGCGGAGGAGGUGCUGGUGGCGUGACGGCUGGAGGUGGUGUCGGGGCAACGGCGCGCGGAGGAGGUGCUGGUGGCGUGGCGGCUGGAGGUGGUGUCGAGGCAACGGUGCGCGGAGGAGGUGCUGGUGGCGUGGCGGCUGGAGGUGGUGUCGGGGCAACGACGCGCAGAGGAGGUGCUGGUGGCGUGGCGGCUGGAGGUGGUGUCGGGGAAACGACGCGCGGAGGAGGUGCUGGUGGCGUGGCGGCUGGAGGUGGUGUCGGGGAAACGACGCGCGGAGGAGGUGCUGGUGGCGUGGAGGCUGGAGGUGGUGUCGGGGAAACGACGCGCGGAGGAGGUGCUGGUGGCGUGGCGGCUGGAGGUGGUGUCGGGGCAACGACGCGCGGAAGAGGUGCUGGUGGCGUGGCGGCUGGAGGUGGUGUCGGGGCAACGACGCGCGGAGGAGGUGCUGGUGGCGUGGCGGCUGGAGGUGGUGUCGGGGCAACGACGCGCGGAGGAGGUGCUGGUGGCGUGGCGGCUGGAGGUGGUGUCGGGGCAACGGCGCGCGGAGGAGGUGCUGGUGGCGUGGCGGCUGGAGGUGGUGUCGGGGCAACGACGCGCGGAGGAGGUGCUGGUGGCGUGGCGGCUGGAGGUGGUGUCGGGGUAACGACGCGCGGAGGAGGUGCUGGUGGCGUGGCGGCUGGAGGUGGUGUCGGGGCAACGACGCGCGGAGGAGGUGCUGGUGGCGUGGCGGCUGGAGGUGGUGUCGGGGCAACGACGCGCGGAGGAGGUGCUGGUGGCGUGGCGGCUGGAGGUGGUGUCGGGGCAACGACGCGCGGAGGAGGUGCUGGUGGCGUGGCGGCUGGAGGUGGUGUCGGGGCAACGACGCGCGGAGGAGGUGCUGGUGGCGUGGCGGCUGGAGGUGGUGUCGGGGCAACGACGCGCGGAGGAGGUGCUGGUGGCGUGGCGGCUGGAGGUGGUGUCGGGGCAACGACGCGCGGAGGAGGUGCUGGUGGCGUGGCGGCUGGAGGUGGUGUCGGGGCAACGACGCGCGGAGGAGGUGCUGGUGGCGUGGCGGCUGGAGGCGGUGUCGGGGAAACGACGCGCGGAGGAGGUGCUGGUGGCGUGGCGGCUGGAGGUGGUGUCGGGGCAACGACGCGCGGAGGAGGUGCUGGUGGCGUGGCGGCUGGAGGUGGUGUCGGGGCAACGACGCGCGGAGGAGGUGCUGGUGGCGUGGCGGCUGGAGGUGGUGUCGGGGCAACGACGCGCGGAGGAGGUGCUGGUGGCGUGGCGGCUGGAGGUGGUGUCGGGGCAACGACGCGCGGAGGAGGUGCUGGUGGCAUGGCGGCUGGAGGUGGUGUCGGGGCAACGACGCGCGGAGGAGGUGCUGGUGGUUUUGUGGCGAUUGGAGGUGGUGUCGGGGCAACAACGCGCGGAGGAGGUGCUGGUGGUUUUGUGGCGACUGGAGGUGGCAUUGGAGCAACGACGCGCGGAGGAGGUGCUGGUGGUUUAAUGGCGACUGGAGGUGGCAUUGGGGCAACGACGCGUGGAGGAGGUGCUGGUGGUUUUGUGGCUGGAGGAGGUGUCGAAGAUACGACUUUCGGAGGUGGAGGUGUUGAAGAUACGACUUUCGGAGGUGGUGGUGGAGGUCUUUGA